CACGGAAUGAAAGCAAGCUCCAUACUUUCAGGCUCACAUGGCAACCGUAAAGCACUGAUUGAUGUUUCUUAUUUUGGCCCCUCUUUCCCUCUACGCCGACACGUAUAAUAAAAUCUUGCGCUCAAGAACCUCGCCGGGAAAUUUGAGAAAUUUAAAUUGCCUACAAGUUUCGUCUUAAACCAGCCGUAUUAUCUGGUGCAUCCCUCGGCGUUGGUAUAUCAUCCCAAUAAUAGUUUUUAUUCCCAAACCCACCGAACUUUGCGAUCGAUUUCAGACUGACAGCCGCUGCUGCUCCUGACCUGCGUGCCCACCCCACGGCCGUCGACCUAAUCGAUAUUUGCGCAUCAUGGCUGCGAACGGAGCGCAGCAGGGUUUCGGACCCGAUGAGGUGCACCAGGCUAUGCUGACUAUGCGGGGUGGGGACUCGGAUAAGAAGAAGAAAGCCCAUGAAUAUCUAGAGCUCUUCCAGAAAUCGUCGGCAGCGUGGACCACAACCAUUACGAUACUACAGUCAAAUGCCGAAGCGGACGUCAAAUUAUUCGCAGCGACGACACUGAGAGGGAAGAUUACAUACGAUCUGUCAACCCAAGUACCCGCGCCUGAGAUCCCGGCCGUGAGAUCUCAGUUAUUAGCGCUCUUGAAACGUUUUGCGCCGGGGCCGAAGCCGAUCAGGGUACAACUAUGUGUGUGUCUAGCAAUCCUAGCAAUACAGAUGCAAGACUGGAAAGACGUAUUACCUGUCGUGGUGUCAUCCCUUGGCGAUGACGUCGAAAGCCAUGCCUGCAUCUUGGACUUCCUUAGGGUUCUACCAGAAGAGGUGACCGAGGGGCGAAAAAUCACCCUAACAGAUGAAGAGCUUACGGCGAGAACCGCCGAAUUAUUAGAAGAAAAUGCUCCACAGGUGGUGCAACUCCUGAUUAAUUAUGCCCACUCAUCGCCGGUGGCUGCGACAAAUCCCCAACUUUUUGAAUGUAUAACGUCCUGGCUACGUGAGGUCCCUAUCAAUGAAAUCGUCAAGUCCCCUCUGUUAAACAUCGUCUUCAACGCCCUUGAAAGCGAUGUAUCCUUCCCGGCAGCUGCUGAGUGCAUUUCGACCAUGGUCAGAGAGACCAGAGAGAUAGACGACAACAUCGAAACCAUCCAGGUACUUCUACCGAGGGUUGUUGCUUUGCGGCCCAAGAUUCAAAAAGUGGCCGAAGAAGAAGAUUUUGAGUCAUACAAGGCUCUCACCAGGCUGCUAGGCGAGGCUGGUUCUUCGUGGGCCGUUGCCAUUGCCCGGGAACCCAGCCAUUUCAGAGCCCUCGUCGAUGCCAUUCUUGAGUGCGCCGCAAGAGACAAAGACAGAGAAGUCAUCGAAUACACUUUCGAGUUCUGGUAUGAACUUAAGCAGUAUCUCGUACUAGAGAAAUAUAUACAGUCACGUGUGGAUCUCGUGGAUGUAUAUGCGAAACUUGUCGAUAUUCUACUUAAGCAUCUCGAGUAUCCCGAUUCAGGAUCUGGUAACGAAAAGGAUUUGUUCGACGGAGACAGAGAGGCAGAAGAGAAGUUCCGCGAGUUCCGGCACCACAUGGGAGAUACCUUAAAGGACUGCUGCGAGAUUAUGGGCGUUUCCGAGUGUUUGGCAAAGGUUCUUGACGCCAUCAAGAUCUGGAUGCAAAAAUACGCAGGCCUGGCGAACGGUGCUUCAGUCCCUCACUGGCAACAAUUAGAAGCUCCACUGUUCUCUAUGCGAGCUAUGGGCCGUAUGGUUACUAAGGAGGAGGAAACCGUUCUACCUCAACUUAUGCCCCUUCUCGUACAAAUGCCAGCUCAUGAGAAACUGCGUUUUGCGACAAUAAUGGUGCUGGGUAGAUACACAGAGUGGACAGCUGCCCACCCAGACUUUCUCAGUCCCCAGUUUAACUACAUCGUUUCUUCUUUCGACACAAACUCAAAAGAGAUUAUGGGAGCUGCCGCUAUGGCGAUCAAAUAUUUCUGCAUGGAUUGUAAGCAUCUGCUCAGCGACCAGAUUGUCCAACUUCAACAAUUCUACGACCAAGUUCUGGAUAAACUUCCCACGCUCAGCCAAGAAGAGAUCACUGAAGGCGUUGCGAUGGUAGUAUCUGUGCAGCCGAGGGACGAGAUAUUCAAACUACUCAAACUCUUCUGCGACCCAUUAGUUCAGAGGCUGAUGGCCAAGGCCAACAAUGCAAUAGACAAAGAAAAGAAGCUGGCAGUUGCUGACCAUUUACAGUUGAUUACACUCUUCACCCAGUGCGUCGUGGUCCUGCCCCCUGUCCCGCUUGGCCAGGAAGAUCCCGCGGUGAAAUAUUGGCAAGAGGUUUUCCCGAUAUUGUCCAAGAUCCUAGAAAAUUUCCUUGACUUCACCCCAAUCUGCGAAAGGAUUUGUCGAUGCUGGAGAUUCAUGGUGAUUGCCCAUAGGGGAGCUAUGGCACCAAUUCUCCCAGAUAUGGCGAAUCAGCUAGCGAGUGGGUUCGCGACGUCGAAGCAAGGUUGUUUUCUAUGGGUCACCGGUGCUAUUCUACGGGAGUUCUCUGAUGAUCGAGAACACGUGGCGCCGGCUAUGACAGAGCAUAUUUACGUUUUCUUCGAAGCCCAAGCUACAAAUGUGCUCCGUUUCCUCAGCACGCUAUCACCGACGGACCUUCCGGAUGUAACUGAAGACUUCUUCCGCUUGGUUGUCGACGGAUUAUUAUAUUACCCUCAGAAAUUUAUCCCAUCAUCGAUAUUUGGUCCCGUAUUCGAAGCCGCCCUCUCCGUUCUUGUCUUAGAGCAACGCGAGCCUUUGUCUGCUACCCUUCAUUACAUCCGAGAUGUUCUUGGAUGGGGUACCGCAUUUUCGCCUCCGUCGUACGACAACAUGUCGGCCCCAGUGGCUGAACAGCUAAAGGUUCUCGUGAAACAGCUCCUAUUGGCACAGGGGGAGACAUUGAUUAAGCGAUUACUCGCUGGCAUGAUGAUCACAUUCCCGAAAGAUUGUUUUGCUGAUGCUAGUGGUGCCCUGCUAACACUAUUCGAGAUUUUACCCGAUCAGACGGCGGCGUGGGUAGACCAGACGCUCCGAUUGCUACCCGAGGGGACCGUCUCGGCCACGGAAGUAGAUCGCCUCAUGACGAAGAUUAAGGAGAAGCUUAGUACUAAUGAUACGGGUGACGUACGACAAAUACGCUCAAUCCUCCAGGACUUCACCAACACUUACCGAAGAAGAUAUGUUGCGCCCCGAGAUGGCUUAGGGGCACUGGAGGGAGCACGAUUCCGAUUCGCUGGUUAGUAAUCAGAGGUGUUGCAUGCAUUGAUUACCCUCUAGUACGAUUGGGGAGGAAGGUCCCGAUGAUAGCGUGCUCGGAGCAGCUGGAAUCCCAAUUAAUAGUUACGCCUAGUGCCGCGCAGCUAUCGAUUUUAAGCUGUUGGUGGAACGAUGGAAAGGGGUAAAACCCGCGGUCGCGGACGCAGUCGACGACGUAGAUAGUUUAGGAGAAAUCAUACUUUGUCGGGCAUCGGGUGGCGAUAGUGGCGUAGUUUGGAAGUGAAUAUGGGAGUGCAAAAGAAAGAUACCUAUACCUACUACCUAUAAGUAAUUUUCUGCGAUUGCAGAUCAGAUCGAAUCAGAUCACCACGGCAAUAGUUUAGAGGUUGUUUGUACAUACGCCACCUUUUAAUAGUCCAUAACUGGUAAAAUCGAUGCAAUACUGUUCAUCACCCGGAAUGAGUGUAGUGUAGAGAAAGGGCGGUGCUUGAGGUUAAGUGCAGCUGGUGGUUUUGUGAUAUGGUAUAAGGGUGUUUCUGUGUGUGAUAUAGCCAUGGUGAUGGAGGUUUAGGUAAUA